GCACUUUUGUGGGUCGAAGUAUACCAGUCGAAGUGGAUGAAUCCAUGCCAUGGUCCCCAUUUCCCGAACAGGUCUUGGAAAAGUCUUUGCAGCCUUCUGGAGAGGAUACGGAAGAUGAGGAGUCCCAGAGACCAUGUGUCACUCAAACGCCUCAGCCUGUGGCAGAUCCAUCGUGCCUCUGCAGAGCAUCAGCACGUCAUCAGUCAACACCGUCCGUGGAGCUGGACAGCAGGUUGUGGUCAAAAUAUACCGAUCCCGAUGGAAAUGGACACUUCUGUUCUGCUGGUGAAUCAAUAGCUGGAGUAGUUCCCUCCAAGAUGCAUCUUGCAGCUAUGGACAAACCAGGCAUGCAGCCAAGAUCACAGCUUUCAGCUGACACCAGGCACAACUCCAGUAAAUCAGAGCAGAGCUUGUCUGAUGCUCUGGAGGACUCACUGGAGGAGAGCAGCCAAGGGAGUUCACAGUCACGGCAACCCUCAGGAAAAAGACCCCUGGCAGAGCUGGGGACCGUGGACACAGGGUACAACUCCCAGUCACGAGAUGUCAUGGGCAUCAGGGACCUGGAGCCCCCCUUACCGCUGGUGUCUGUACUGAACUCCGAGGACCUCCCAGGACCACUGAUCUCCAGAGAGUUUUUUGGACCUGAGCAUCAGCAGUGCUCUAUGUGCCAGCACUUGCCCCAUCCCAACGCCUCCUCGCAAGCCCAUGGCUGCUUUGGGCACCGCUGCCCAGCACAACAGCACCCGCAGGGCCCAUAUGGCAGAGCUCCUUACCAACAUUUUGCACAUACAUCGCAACCACUUCCUCCUGUUCCUGGACCUUGCAUGAGAGUUAUCCGCCCAGCCCAGCAAGUCAUCCCAAAUUACUCAAACCCUCGUGCUCCCAAGGGCACUGGAGAUCAGCCACCCCAGAGGACAUCCUCCUCCCCUGGUCCUCCUCGAUUCCCAAACCAGCUGUACCACCAGCUACCUAAUGGUCAGCUUCCCCCCAAGGCAUGUGGCCCAGAUGAAGCAUGCUGUUGUCCUUCUGACAAUUUUCCAUCUCCAGCUGCUGUCCCGAGACCUCUCAGUAACCCUGCAGCCAAGGGAACUCUGAGAACCAGCAAUUUGCCGGAGGAAUUGCGCAAGGUCUUUAUAACCUAUUCAGUGGACACAGCAGUGGAGGUUAUGAAAUUCGUGAACUUCCUGCUUGUAAAUGGAUUUCAAACUGCUAUUGAUAUAUUUGAGGACACAGUACGAGGUAUUGACAUCAUUAAGUGGAUGGAGCGCUACCUAGGUGAUGUAUGUAAAGGCAAUUUAACCUUGUUCAUGGCACAGGUGACCUGAGGAAAAUGACUGAGUUAUUCUGGUAGCAACAGAAGCAGAAUCAAAAU